AUGGAAGGAAAUCACUUUACCUUCACAUGGAAAAUAAGUUGCUUUAAUGAGCUCGUGGCUCGACACCCAAAUGGUAGCUUUUUCUAUAGUGAAAGAUUUUGGUCACCGAGGGGUCAAAGUGUAAAGUCAAGUGACAUCAAUGCCAUUAAUGAACAAAAUAACUCUUACAAUAAUACGGGAUAUUUAUGGAGGUUAAAAUUGUUUCCUAAUGGCGUAGAUAAGAUAUCAAAUGAUUUCAUUUCUCUUUAUCUUGAAUCAAUUCAGACACAUUAUGAAAAACAAAAUAAUAUAACGGGUAGACACACGAAAUUUCAACUAUCACUUUAUCGAGAUUUAAAUAUUCCAACCACAAAGCAAAGACCUAUACUUGUAAUAGACCGUCAUACCUUGGAGACGAAAUUUGAAUUCAACGGAGUAAAGGCGGAUUAUGGAUUUGCAAGGAUAGUUCCUCUUAGAGAAAUAUUCCCAAAUGAUACUGAAGUAGAUUUAAUAGUUCGAGCUCAAAUCUUUGAAGAUGCCAUCACUUCCGGAGAAGGUUCGAGUUCAAUGGACAUAAAUAAUGUAUCACUUAUGUCCUUUGAGAGGUAUUUUGGAGUGGAUAGAUUUUGUGAUGUUGAAUUCGUAUUUGAUUGUGGUUCAAGUAUGAAAGCACAUAGAGUUAUCCUUACAGCUCGAUCAACAUAUUUUGAAAAAAUGUUGGAAGGAGAAUGGUUGGAAGGUCAUAUGAAAACCAUCUCUAUUAAAGAUAUGCCAUUUGACGCGUUUCGAUGUAUUGUUCAUCAUCUUUACACCGGAAAACUUGAAGAGGGAUUAACAUUUGAGCUUUUAAGAGAGAUUUAUUCUAAGGCUGAUAUGCUUAGCUUAGAACACCUUGGUCGAAUGGCCGCAAAAAGGAUUAUUAGGCUGAUGAAUCAUGAAAAUUGGGAUCAAAUCUUAAUGUUGGGCUGGAAAUAUUAUGAUGACCGAUUAAAAGAUGCUGGCCAAGAUUUCGCUGUAAAACAUUGGAACGUUAUAAAGGAUACUGACAACAUGAAACAAGUUUUGGCAAGUGGUCACGUUGAUCGUAUUGUUGAAUUGGUCUUACAAAGUUUUUUUACACCGAAUAAUAGGAUAGGGCAAGAGUGA